UCCAUUCUCAUCCUCCAAAUUCAUUUCCACCGUCGCUUCAAAAUCCCACCGCCGAUAACAAAAGCGCGGGAAAACCAAACCUAAUCCAUCCCAUAAACUGUGCAUCACUGCCAACCAACGGUCGCAUACACAACUCUCAGUGGAAGUGGAACAGAUAGAUUGAACUUUGAAGCCGAUAAAUCUCGUUUCCUCCAUUACACUGAGUAUCUCUGUGUUUUUAGGGUUUCAGGUCUUCUUCCAUGGCGCCGAAAAAGCGAAGCAAGAUCCAGGAAGACGAGACGGCGGUGGCGAAGCCGGUCCCGGCGUCGUCGAGGGUGACGAGAAGGUCGCCCCGGCUGGCGGGGAACUCGAAGGCCGAUUUGACGGUGGAGGAGACUGUGGUGAAGUUGCCAAAGAGGAAGAAGGCGAAACGUGGUCCGAAGGAGAAUGGGAAGGCGGAGGAGGUUGAAAAUGAGGGAGAGGAUCUUGACGCUGCCUCAGAGAAGCUUGGCGUGGAAGCUAAGAACAGAGCGGUUGUGAUUGAACAUUGUAAGCAGUGCCAAUCGUUCAAGAAAAGGGCGAUGGAGGUGCAGAAUGGUCUAGAGAAGGGUGUUCCUGGAAUCACUGUUCUGCUCAACCCUGAUAAGCCAAGAAGAGGGUGCUUUGAAAUUCGGAGUGAAGAUGGCGAGAAGUUUAUCAGUCUUCUGGUUGCGUCGUGUUAGGACAUGAAGCGACCGUUUACACGAAUGAAGGAACUGGACAUGGAGGAGGUAAUUUCAGAUAUCAUUGAGAAGAUAAAAGGAUAAUGAGAAAACCCUUGAUGAUAGAUGAUAUAUAUGACUAAUUGGCUGCUGGCUUAUAAGGAUUAUGCACUGUUCUUUUGUGGGAGUAGCUUUGAUGGUGGAAACUUGAAUGCCAAUGUCAAUGUGUGUGCUGGUAUUCGAUUGCAAAGGUGAAGCCAUCAGGUUUGAACAACAAUCACAGGGUGGGUUUAUUUUGAAUGGGUUGUCCUUUGUAUUAAUGAUUAGACAGAGUGGCUCUAUAUUGUUUGUGUUUGUGUUUUUUUUCUUAAAUGACGGAUGGGUUUUGAAAGUCAAUUUUGCACUUAUAACACAUUGUGGUAUUCUAGGUCUAAUUUUCUAAA